AUGGGACCAUUCCCAUCUUCCUAUUGGAAUCAGUACAUUCUAGUGACGGUGGACUAUGUCUCCAAGUGGGUAGAGGCGAUGGCAAGUCCCACUAAUGACUCGAACAUGGUGACAAAGAUGUUCAAGAGAGUGAUCUUUCCAAGGUUCGGGGUACCAAGGGUUAUGAUUAGCGAUGGGGGAUCUCACUUCAUCAACCGCACCAAAGAAACACUUUUGAAGAAAUAUGGUGUGAGGCAUAAAGUUGCUACCCCAUAUCAUCUCCAAACGAGCGGACAAGUUGAGAUCUCAAAUAGAGAGAUCAAGGCGAUACUUGAAAAGACGGUGUCAAGGUUAAGGAAAGAUUGGACUUGCCAACUUCCACUUGAGCUUGAGUACAAGGCUCUUUGGGCAAUUAAGAAAUUGAACUUUGAUUGGAAAUCGGCUGCGGAGAAGCGGAUGUUAGAGUUGCAUGAGCUUGAUGAGAUUCGGAUGGAUGCGUAUGAGAAUGCCCGAAUCUACAAGGAGAGGACGAAGAAGUGGCAUGAUCGCCAUGUGCUGCAAAGGGUGUUUAGAGAAGGCGACCAAGUGCUCCUCUUCAAUUCUAGAUUCAAGCUCUUCCCGGAAAAGCUAAGAUCGCGUUGA